AUGUUUAACUCAAAUAGAAGUUAUAAAGUUGCGAACUGGAAUACAGAAUCGUCAGAAAAAAGACCUAUUCGUAAAGCAUCUCGAGGAAGACAUUUUGAUAUAUUUCCUCAAGAUUCAAAACAAGAUGAAGAUAACUUAAGUAGUUAUGAUCGUAUUAGAAAAGGAUAUAUUUAUCCACAACAUUCAUAUGAACAUGAAUCAUUAAUUUACAAUCAAAAAACAUCAAAAAUUGAUUCUAAAUUAGAAGAUACAAUUAAAAAAGCAAACAAUUUUUUUAUUACUAUUAUGAAAAAAAGAUCAUAUGAUAAUCCUAAAUCUGGUAAAAGGUCUUUGGUAACAAAAGCAUUUACAGUUAAUGAAUGGAAUUUUUUAAGUAAAAUACCAAAAUGUCCAAGUAUUCCACAAUUUUUUGAAGAUCUUUCUAAAGGUAAAGCAUUAUAUGGACUUAUUAAAAGAUUUCCACAAUUUGAAAAAAAUGAAGAUUUUCUUAAAUAUCUUUUUGAUCAUCGUGUACCAAUUGUUAAAGCUAUUUGGUUUAUCAAGAUGGUUGCUAUAUUUAAAGCAACACAUAUACCAAUAAUAUCAAAACCACCAAAAAAAUCUCAAGCUUUACAAAGCGCCUUAGAAUAUGUACAAAGUUUGAUAAGUGGUUUAAUAAUUUAUACAUUCAAUAAUUUUUAUAAUGAUGAUAAAAGUGAAGAUGAAAAGUCAGAUAGAUGGAAUUAUUUUUCUCUUCUUAUAAAACAUAUGUGUGAAGAAGGUGUCCUGGAUCGUCAAGAUUUUUUAACAGAUAUGAUAGAUCUUCUUAAUAAAUAUCAAAAUUUUCCACUUGAUAAGCCGCAAAGAUUUAAAAUAUUAUUUUUGUUUGUUAGUCAAUUUAUACAUUAUGUUACGCAAAAUAUUAUUAUCUCUAGGAGAAUGGCUUUUAUUAUUUGUAGAAGAUUUAAACAAUAUCAUUAUGAUUAUAUGAAUAUUACUGGAAAACCAAUAACUGCUGGAGAAGCGUUUACUGAAAUUAUUAAAUGUGAAAAUCAUCGUGGUAUUGUAAAUAGUAUGACAGGAAUGUUAUAUUCAAUUAUUACAGAAUGCCCACAAGCAUUACCACGUAAAUACAUGAUUUAUGUUAAAAAAUUUACUGGUGUUAAAAUUUAUGAUGAAUUAGGUGGUUCACCAUUAGAUGAAUUAUCAUGUCCAUUUGAUAUUAUGUGUAAAGAAGCAAAUUUACUUCCAUCAAGAAUGAUUGAAUUAAUGAAACCUAAAAUUAAUGAAAUUAUUGAACGUAGUAUUGAUAUGAAAUAUCAAUGGCAUGAAGUUAUAUCUGGUAAAACAUAUUGCUCAGAACUUGUUAAUGUUAUAUUAAAAUUAUUAGAAACAUUAGAUAAUGUUUUUUUGAUUAAUGAUGAUGAAAUAGUUAAAUUACAUGAUGAUAUUUUUAAAUGUACUAUGAAAAUGGAUGAUAAUAUUGAAAUUAUAUUAAGAAAAAGAAUGUUAAUUCAUUGGUCUAUAACAUCACAACGUGAUGGAACACAUCGUGUUGCAUUAGUUGUACGAAUAUUAUCUGUACAUUUAAAAGAUGUUAAAGAUAAAUCAUCUGUAAUGAUAAAUAUUUUAAAUGAUUAUAUUUAUUCAGAAGCACCAAAACUUGGUUAUUGUAAUUAUGGAUAUGAAUUUAGAAAUUUUAUAUUAUUACUUAAUGAUCUUCAAUCAUUUGGAUUAAUUAAUUAUAGAAAAUUAUUAGAUUAUUGGAUAAAAAAAGGAAGAAUAGAAAAAGAUAAUUGUUUAUGGGGAAAAACUGUUAAAUAUGUUUAUGGUGAAAAUUAUGAAAGAGAUUUUCAUCCAAUAUGGAAUAAAAAUAUUUUAAUGUCAUCAAGAUAUGCUUUACAAUUUUAUCGUAGAGAUUCUGAAAAACAUACAUUAUUAAAUUUAGAAGGUGUAACACCAGAAGAAAGAAUAAUUCUUCAACUACCAAUAUUACCAUCAAUAUAUAAUAGAGAAGAUAUAUAUUAUCGUGAUAGAUUAAUGUUUGGUAUAUCAAUUCAAAAAAAUGAACAUAUAAGUUAUAUAAAAGAAAUAGCACGUGGAAUAAUAAAAGUAUGGAGAAAACUUUAUUAUUUUAAAAUAGAAACAAAUAAAACAAAUAUACAUUUUCAUGAAUAUCAUGAUGUUAAAAGAUAUAAUAAUUGUGGUGAUAUUUUAUGUCGUUUUCGUAGACAAACAUAUUAUGAUCAAACAUUAAUAACAUAUUGGGUUGCUGAUAAUUUUAAAGAAUAUAUUAGUGCAUUUAUUGAAAAUACUAAUGAUAUUUUACCUGGUUUAGAUGGUUUAGAUUAUAUUUUAAGAAUGUUUUGUAUAUCAAUGAAUAUUGGUGGUAUGAUAAAUUAUAUUUUAGAAAUUUUACCUAAAAUUUCUAAAUUAGAAGAUAUUAUGCUUAAUAGAUAUUAUAAUUUUAUUCCUGGUAUUAUAACAAAAGGUUAUGCUUUUACAAUAGUAGCAUAUCUUAGUGAACAUUUAAUGUAUUUUUUAAAUCAUCCAAAUGUUAUUAAUGUUAUUAAUGAAUUAUAUCAUACAAUUGAAAAUACUAUAUUAUUAAAAGGUUAUCCACGUACUGGAUAUGAAGCAAAUAUAAGUGUUUUUAUUAGUCAAUGCAAAUAUUAUCUUCUUGUUCAUGGAAUAGCUAAACCAAAUCAAAUAUUAGGAUGUGUUGAAGAUUUUGAAAAACUUUAUCCUAAAAAAUUUAUUGAUAUAAAAAUAGAACAAUCACGUGUACAAGUUAAAAAAUAUUUUUUUAGUAAAUAUCUUAAUUCAGCACCAACAUUAUUACCAUUUAAUGAAAUAAGAUCACUUAUCAAAGGAGUUAAUAAUAAUGGUAUUAAUUGUAGAAUUUCAUUUGUUUUAUCAGCAAUAAAUUUAAUUAAAACACUUGGAAGAAAAAUAAACAAAAUAAGUUCUGUAGCAAAUUAUUGUGCCAAUGUAUCUGCAUUAUUAAAUCUUGAAAAUGAAUGGAUAUCAGCAAUUGUUGAAUUAUGUUCAAUAUCUAAUAAUCCACAAAGUAUGUAUAGAGGUGUUCAUAAAAUUUUUAAUGUAUCACGUACCACAACACAUUAUGCAUUGUCAACAUUUGUCGCAAUAUUAGCAGCACGUUUUACUUUUCGUCCACAUGAAUUAAUAGGACGAUUAAUGAAAUCAUCAUUAGUUUAUGCUUUUAGAGGUACAUAUAAUCGAUCAAGAUAUGGUUAUCAAAAAAUUAUUCUUUCUGCAUUAAUAUGUACAAAAAUUGUCACUGGAUAUCAUGAUCCUUUUAAACUUCCUAGAGGAUAUAGUGGUUUAGCAGAAGUUAAAAGACCAGUUGUUAAAAAACUUAGUGAUUUUAAAGCAUGUAAUGUUUUAUUUCCAAGAGAACUUGAUAGUGUUAUAUUUCCUUUAAUAAGAUUAUUUGUUAUGGUUAAUAGACCUAUAAAAAAACUUCGAAAAAAUAGAGCACCAAAAAAAAUUAGAGUAAAUCAUUUUUUACGUGCUUGUUUAUUAUUUAUUUCUGAACAACCAUGGUUUUAUCAAAAAAUGCAUUUUGGUAUACUUAAUAGAGAUGGUAAUUGGCAACAAUUUAAAAAAAUUCUUUUAAAAAAUUUUGGUAUACCAGGAAUAUUAUUAAAUUAUAUAUCAAGAAGAAAAGGUGAUAGAAGAGCUAAACUUAUGAAUAUUUCAUGUGCAGAAAAUUCAUCAAAAAAAGCUUAUAUUGAAAGAAGUUUAUCAUCAUUAAAUAUAUGGAAUUUUAAGACUGUUUUUUGGGAUUUAUGGGGUAUUAUGACAGAUAGUACAAGAAAACCACAAAUGAAAAAUUAUCCUCAACGUAUUUAUUAUUGUGAUCAAUUAAUAACAGAAAUAGCUAAAGGAAUUAGUGAUCUUUUUGUUAAAAAAAGUAAUUCAUUUAAAAAACAUAUUGAUUUUAAAACUGAUACUCGUUUUCGUUUGGAAACAGUUAAAAAUUUAUAUUUAAUUGAAAAUAUUGUUAUGAUGUUCCCUAAUGUUUGGAUACCAAGAACAAGAUCUGCAUAUUAUAAAAUGCAAGUAACAACAUUACCUACAGCUGUAUUAAAAGAAUUUUCAUUUAUUAUAACAUCAAAAUAUACAAAAAAUAAUUAUGCAUUAAGAAUGGAACAAAUGUCACAUCUUUUACAUAUAUCACCAUUUUUAAAAUUUCUUCAAACUAUAUUAAAUAAAGAACCACAAACAACAUAUGCCUUACUUCAAGGUUUAUAUGGUUAUUUAUCAAGUUUAAUGAAAGAUUUUGACUCAAGAAGAUUAUUACGUUCACAUUUAAUUUCUGAUAAAGAAGGACUUAUUUUAAGAGUUAUUAUUGUUUCUGGAAUGAUGGAUCAAUUAUCAACUAUGCAAACAAUGGAACCAUGGGCUAUAUUAUUUUGGCAAUUGCUUUAUUUUGAAGUUUUUCACCCAGAAAGAGAAGGAAAAUUUUAUAAUAUAUGUUAUGAUGCAUUAACAAAUGUUUUAUUUAAUUCAGCUUUUAAAUUUCAAUCACGUCAUAUUGAACAUGCUUAUUAUAGAGCAAGAUAUUGGACAUAUAUGCAAUUUUGUAAAAAACUUAAAAAAGAAGGUCAAGAUAGACCUUUUACUGUUGAUAAGCAACAUUUAUCACAACUUUUACCACUCCCAAAAAGGACAUUUGAUUAUAUUAUAUUUGAUCAUUAUUACAAAAUGAUAGGAAAAGCAAAAAAUACAUAUAAUGUUAGUUGUUCAAGUAGCAAUGCAAUGAAAUUAAUUAAUCGAACCGGCUAUUACCCAGCCGAAAAGAUAAAAUUGACAACUUUUGAAACUGUUCAAUCAUUCUUUCAUGAAUUACUAGGAAGGAGGACAGUCAAUUAUUCAUUUUAUCAAGCAGUAUUGGCAGACUAUGUACCUAAAGUUAGUAUUGAUCUUUUAAUACGUCUCUCAUUCCAUGAUCAUUAUCGAUUAUUUCCUAGAGCUCCUAUUAUUGGUGAAGGUAAAGAAUUAACUAAAAAUUUUAUGUAUCGUCAUCCAGAAGUAGAAUUAACAAUAAUACCUAAAGAAGAAAAAGAGAAAGGAAAAAUUAAAUUAAUGCCCCCACGUUCAUUAAUGAAUUCAUCAAUGACAACUAAUCCAACUAUAACAUCUAAUCCACAAAUAGCAGCUAUUUUAUCACAUACACCUGAUAAACCAUCAUCAUCACCAGGAAAUAUUAUUAAAGAUUCACAUAAUAUACCUAUAGAUAUUAAACAACAACCACUUUCAGAUAUGCCAAAAAUAUCAAAAGAAGUUAUUAAUGACAUUAAUCCACGUAAUUUGCCACAAAAUGGUCCUGGCCAUGUUGGAUCAGUACAAUCUAAACCUCCAAAUCUUAUUGAUCAAGGUUCACAUUCUAUAGAUCAAUCAAAUCAAGCACCACAAUUAUCUAAACAUAAAAAUGAAACACUUAACAAAAAUGAAAUUAUGCCUCAACAAAUAUCACAAAGUUCUAUUCAACAAUCAUCUAUGCAUAAUAGGCAUAUAUUAACAAAUAAUCAGCAACCAAUGAUGCCACCAAAUUUAUCAAAUGUUAAAAAAUCUCAACAAUCAUAUAAUACAUCACAACAUUCAAUGCAAAAAUCAUUUCCUUCGCAAGAUGUUGGAAUGGGAAUACAAUCAUCUGAUAUUAGUAAUGUAAAUAAUAAUAUGAUUCAAAAGAAAAUGCAUUUUAAUGAUGAAAGAACAUUUUCAAGGGAUAUGUCACAACAAGAACCUAUGCAAACUGAUUCACAACCACCAGUAUUAAUUGCAUCUGGUAAUCUUGGUAAAGGUAACAGAAGAAGACCACAUCCAAAUCCAACUUCUGGUAUAAAAACACCAACUAAAAAAAGAAAAGAUAUGAAAGGUAAUGAUUUACUUUCACCACCUAUACUUCAUGAAAAUCAACCAAUAAUGGUACAGUCAGGACAACAACAAUCAAUGGGUAUAAGAUCAUUUGACAAAAAUCAACAACCACAACAAGUACCAAAUUUUGGUAAUCAAGGAAAUUUUGGUUCCCAAGGAAAUAUGGGAUUACAACAAAAUAUAUCACAUAAAAGUAAUAUCUCUAAUCAAAGUGGAAUAACAGGACAAAGUAAUAUCCAUAAUCAAGGAAAUUUACCAAAUCUUGGAAAUGUAUCUAACCAAGGAAAUAUGUAUAGUCAAGGAAAUAUACAAUCACAAAAUAAUCUUCAUGAACAAAGUAAUCAUCCUAAUCAAACUUCACAUCAUCAAUCACAAGGAAUACAUCAUAAUCAAAGUAGUCAUUUGAAUCAAAAUGCUUCUCAUCAACAUCAAACAAAUCAACUAAAUCAAAAUAAUAAUAUUGGAAUAAAUCAACAACAACCUUCUAAUAUGUUUAUAUCUAAUUCUGGUCCACCAAAAAUUACACCACAAAAUCAACCCCAAUCUCGAUUAGCGCAACAAAAUGUUAAUUCAAUGAAUAUGUCAAGAAAUCCUCAAAGUAGUUCAAUGAAUACUUCCAAUAAUCAAUCAAAUAAUCCUAUGAAUAUAUUAAAUCAUCAACAACCAAAUAAUAUGAAUCAUCCUGUUCACCAACAACAACCACAAAAUUCAAUUAAUAUUGUUGGAAGUCAAAAAAGCACUUCAAUAAAUAUGGGAAACCAUCAACAAGGAAAUAUGAUGGGUAUGUCCACUUCUCAACAUGGAAAUAUUUCCAAUAAUCAAAUUAAUAAUAUGAAUAUGUCUGGUCAAACACAAAAUUCUUCAAUUAAUAGAGGAAAUCAUCCUUCACAACAGCCACCACCAUAUAAUGUAUCUUUAAAUCAACAAAGUACAUCAAUGAAUAUGCCUAGUAAUCAACAGCAAUCAAAUUCUUUGACAAUGCAAAAUAAUAUGAAUAAUAAUUCAAUAAAUAUAUCUUCAAAUCAACAAAGAAACAUGAUAAAUAUGCCAGAUAAUAGGCAUAGUAGUACAAUAAAUAUGCCUGUCAAUCCACAAAAUCCAAAUAUAAACUUAUCUUCAAAUCAACAAAAUAUUGGAAUGAAUAUACCACCAGGACAACAACAAUCAUCUGGCAUUUCAAAAAGUAAUAUUUUACAACAAGUAUUAAAUAAUCCAAAUACUACACAAAACAUACCACCAAAUCAACAAUACAAUAAAAAUAUGGGAAUGGUAAAUAAUCCUCAACAAGGAAAUAUUCAACAACAACCACAACAGAAACCAAUGAUGACUUCUAGUAAUCAACAAUCUAAUAUACCACAACAUGUUCAACAAAAUAUGGGUAGUGGAAUAAGACAAAAUCCAAUGGGUCAACAGCAAGCUCCAAUUCAACAAAAUAUGAAUCAAAAAAUGUAUGGCCAAAGUAAUAAUAGUGGAAUAACAAAAUCAGUGGGACAAAAUAUGAUGACUUUGGGUAUGAAACCACAAAAUCUUCCAGGACCACAACCUCAUCAACAACAAGCACAACAACAAUCAUCUAGUAGUAGUAAUGUUCCAAGUGGCAUGUUAAAUAACAUGAAUACAAAUAUUCAAAAUAACAUGGGAACAUCUAUGGGUGGUGGAAUACCAACAAAUAUGAGUGGAAAUAUGUCAAGUGGUAUGGGUAACAAUAAUAACAUACCAAAUAAUUUAAGUGGUCCAAUGCAUAAUAAUAUGUCUAAUCAACAACGUAUGAUACAUCAAAAUAUGAUGAAUCAACAAACUCAACAACAGCAAAUACCACAACAACGCCAAAUUCAAGAAGGAGGAAUACCCAUGCAGCAACAACAACAAAGAUCACAACAAUUAGGAAAUCCUCAACAACAGAUAAGUGGAAGUCAAAGUCAAAUAAAUAAUCAACGCGGACAUAUGCAUAAUCCACAACAACCUUCCAUGAGUGGAAUGCAACAACAAAUGAGUGGACAUCAUCAACAAAUUCCUUCUCAUCAACAACAGAUACCACCAAUGCAGCAACAAAUGCAUAAUCAGCAACAGCAAUCUCAUUCAACACAACAACCAAUUGGAAAUCCACAACAAAUUAUGGGAAAUCCAAAUCAACCAAUGAUGUCUUCAUCGCAACAACAACAACAACAGCAUUGGAAUAUUCAACAAGGAUCUAUGAAUAAAGAAAUGCAAGGAAUGAAUCCAAAUAGAAUCCCACCAAUUAAUCCAAAUAUAGUGAUGGAUAGAGGAAAUAUGAGAGCAGGAUCAGAAGCACCAUUAGAAACAAAAAAACUUCUUAAAGAUAUGCUUAAACAAAAAACUAAUCCAGGUCCAGGAAUGCAUCUUUCAAAUCAACAACAUCCUCAAAGUAUGAUGGCUCCACAACAACAACAACAACAACAAAUGAAUAUGACAAUGAGUGGACAAGUACAACAUAAUCAAGGACCAAUGAUGAAUACAUUCGAAACAAAUCAACGUCAAGAGAUGCUAUACAGAAAUUCGCAACAACAUCAAAAUGUGAAUAUGGGUAUGAUAAAUCAACAACAACCACAACAAGGUAGUCAAACGCAACAGCAGUACAAUUCACAACAAAUGUAUCCUUAA